AGAUCGCUACAACGGCUGCUCCGACGUCCGCUACGACGAACAGUAUGAAGAUCCUGGUCCUGCUGAGCGCCGUGACGGCGGCCUGCGUCGCCUCCCCCGGCUUCCUGGCUGGCGGCGCGGCGCCGCUGGACGCCUUCCGCUGCGCCGGCGUGCCCUGCAGCCUGGCCGGGCUGCCCGCCGUAUCCUACGCCGCCUCGGCGCCCGCCGGCGUCGUCUUCCCCGCCGCCGCGCCCGUCGCGCUGACGUCACAGUUCCACGCGCAGGACGAGCUGGGCCAGUACAGCUACGGCUACCAGGGCGGGCCGUCGGCCAAGUCCGAGACGCGAGCCUUCGACGGUUCCGUGUCCGGCGGCUACUCCUACGUGGACGCCAACGGCGUGCUGCAGACGGCGCAGUACGUCUCCGACCCGGUGAACGGCUUCCGCGUCGCCGCCACCAACCUGCCGACCGCCACCGCGCGGCCCGUGGAGGACACGCCCGAGGUGAUGCGGGCGCGCGCCGCCCACGCCGCCUUCGUGGCUGACGCCGCCGCGCGCUCCGCCGCCCUCGCCGCCGCCGCCACCCCCGCGCCCCCGGCCUCCGCCCCCGAGGCGCGGGACGGCCAGCAGGCCGCCCGAACCGCCCCCGCACCGCCCGCCUCCUCUGCCACCGGCCGCGGCGCCCCCGCACGCCCACCCUCUGCUACCAGCUACGCCAACCUCGUGAUAGGACCUUCGGGAGUGCCGCUGGACACCCCCGAAGUGGCCGCCGCCCGCGCCGCUGACGCCGUCGCCCACCUGCAAGCCAAGGCGGCUGCACUCUUCGGCUGAACGCGCAAUCUUCGCUGCGGGCUCCUAGUCUGCGAGUUAGCCAUUAUGAAAACCUACAGCUUUCGCACUUCUCCUCUUCCUUCAGCAGUGGGUUCGCUUCUGUGCACCGUAUCUUCACACCGUAUUCUU